CUGGGCCAAUCGAGUGGGCCACUGGAGAUCGACCGCCCCUGGGACGCCUACUCUGAUGACCAGCUUGGGCUGAUGGACCAUCUCGGCAUAGAGGAGUUCCUGGUCAUGGGCUUCUGCAUCGGCGGGCCGAUGAUCCACAACCUGCUCAGGCUUGCCCCGGAGCGCAUUGUGGCGGCGGCGUUGAUGCAGCCCAGCGGGUUCAACCCGGAGGCGCCAGAUGUCUUCUACCAGAACAACACAUCGAGGUGGGGGCCUCCCCUUUGCGAGAAGCGCCCUGAAGUCACAAUGGAUAUGGUCCAUGACUUCCUAAUCAGCAUGUACACCGACCGCGCCGACUUCGUCUUCACCGUUUCCCGCGACUUUGUGCGCGCCUUGGAGACACCACUGCUGAUAGCGCCAGACAAUGUGCCUGCGCACCCAUACGAGUGCGCGAUGGAGGUUGCCAGCCUCGCCCCGAACUCCGAGGUAACCAUAUUCCCCUGGAAGGACUCGCAGCCGCACAUCGACGAGGUCGUAUCUCACGCCCGGCGCUUCCUGAAGACCCAUGAACCGGUAGCUGCGACAGCCUAG